AAUUAUUUAUUAAAGGGACCUAUCCCCCUUCAACAAAUUGGAUCCCAAAUCUUCCUCACAGACUGAGAUCCCUACUUUCUCCAGAAUACAGUUUAUAUACUCUUCAGGGCCCAACCCAAUCUUUCUGUGCCUGGAUAGUCCAAGGAACCUUAGUACAAAGGAUGGUAUUACAUUGUUGGAUUCCAAAGCCCUAAGUCAUGUUGCAACAAAACAAGAAAAAGAGAGAGCAAUGGAGCUUGAGAGAAUCAUUCGAGAUACACUAAUCAGCUUUGCCCAAUCUCAUGUCCCAGAUGCUGAUCUAAGUGGCUUGGAUGAAGUUGUCUUCUCCUACAUAAUUGGGGUCCUAGAGGACCUGGGUUCUCCAGGGGCAUCAGAUGAGAGCUUUGACAUGGAAGCUUUUGCAGAAAUGAUGGAUGCCUAUGUGCCUGGCUUUGCCAAGAUCCCCAGUGGUACAGUUUGUGACAUGAUGUUUGACCUCUCAAGCCAGCUCAGUGAUGCUCGGAACAAGGAGAAUGUGUGUCCUGAGAGCCAAGAGGACAAUGCUCCUGCUUCUCCAGAACUUCUCCAGAGCCUGGAGGAAGGUACCCAAGAGAUCAGGAAGUCUCAAGCACAUACCUCUGCUCCACUCCUGGGGGGAGGCAAAAAGACUGAGGAAGUUUCUGAGACUGAUGAGCUCCAGGCUGGGAUACAGCUGCUCCUGGAAAUGUUCCCAUCCUGCACACUGGGGAGGGCACAGCGGGCAUUGGCUAUGGCACGGGGGGACCUGGAAGAAGCUGUUCAAAUCAUGGUAGAGGAGAAAGUGGAACCCCAAGCCUUAGGCAACAGUUCAAAGGACACAUCAAGGUCACAGGGAGCCCCCAAGAAGGAAGAACUGAAAUCCUUCAUCCUACAAAAGUACAUGAUGGUGGACAGUGAAGAAGAUCAGAAAACUCAUCGGCCUGUGGCCCCAAAGGAGGCUCCUAAGAAGCUGAUCAGGUAUAUUGACAACCAGGUGGUGAGUACCAAGGGUGAGCGUUACAAAGACAUUCGGAAGCCAGAACCUGAAGGGAUGAAGUCCACUUACAUCAGCCUCAAACCAGCCCGGAAGUACAAGUUCCACUGAGUGCCUCCACCCUGGGGAAACUGAGGACUGUGGGAUAGGAGAGUCUGAAGGAGUUUGGGAUUAAUGGCCCCAAAAGCCAAAAUGAAAUGGCUGGGGUAGUUUGUCACCAGGGUCUUCUUGGUUGGAGGUUUGUGAAGCCUGUUCUUCCAAAGCCAAGCUUAGUUUCAAAGUCUCCUGAAGCUUCUUCAUUUAAGUAAAGUGGUGGGAGUGAAGCACGAGAACUAAUUCUUUGCCUCUAAGGAUAUGGGUACAGAAUGUAGUAGCUAAUGAAAGAAAUGGCUAUAUCUUUUCUUAGCCCAAAUCAGGUGUACUUUAUGCUACUCUCACCAACCACUUAUUCCUCAUCAACUGAGAGAAGAUCCUUAUCUGAUUUCCCUCACCCUUCCCAACCCAUCCAGGCCUGAAGAAUAAAUAUUGGUAUUGGCCCUUGUUA